AUGUCUGCUAACAAAGGCUGGUGGGUACCACCCGAGGGCGAAGACAGCGUGUCUGAGAAGUUCCUGAGGAAGACCAGGGAGUCUCCGCUGGUGCCUAUAGGCUUAGGAGGCUGUCUGAUGGUGGCAGCAUACAGGAUUUACCGGCUGAAAGCUCGUGGUUCCACCAAGAUGUCCAUACACCUGAUUCACACCCGAGUGGCAGCGCAGGCCUGUGCUGUGGGUGCCAUCAUGCUGGGUGCUGUGUACACGAUGUAUAGAGACUACAUCAAGAGAACAGCACAGGAUGCCGGGGAGAAGUAG